UUCUUUCUCUUUUAACUGUAUAGUCAACACAUAUCUUAUCUCAGCAGGUAAACUGUUACAGAGGUAAGGAUGGCAAGAAGCAAUCACACCACAGUAACUUACUUCAUCCUCUUGGGACUGACAGAUCGCCCAGAACUACAGUCCCUGCUCUUUGUGAUGAUCCUACUAAUCUAUGUUGUCACCCUUGCGAGUAAUCUUGGUAUGAUUGGCUUGAUCACAACUGACUUCCAGCUGCAAACACCCAUGUAUUUCUUCCUCAUUAACUUGUCAAUUGUGGAUCUCUGUUAUUCUUCAGUUUUUGUUCCAAGGAUGUUGGUAAACUUCUUAGUGGAGAAUAAGACUAUUUCUUACUCAGCGUGUGUCACCCAGCACUUCUUAUUUGUUGUGUUUGUGACCGCAGAGGGAUUUCUGCUGGCUGUAAUGGCUUAUGACCGCUACAUAGCUAUUUGCAGCCCACUACUUUACACCACUCUUAUGCCCAGGAAAGUCUGUAUUUGCCUGGUGGUUGGAUCGUAUUUAGGGGGACUCUUUAACUCAUUGGUACAUACCUGUGGCUUACUGAAAUUGUCAUUCUGUGGCCCUAAUACCAUCAACCAUUAUUUCUGUGACACAAACCCACUGCUACAACUCACUUGCUCUGACAACCGUGUGAACGAACUAGUGCUUGUAACCCUCUCAGGGAUCAUAGCUAUGUCAACUCUCCUUAUUGUCAUCGUCUCCUACAUCUACAUCCUCUUCUCCGUUCUGAGCAUGGGCUCUGCAACCAGGUACAAAGCCUUUUCCACCUGCGCCUCCCAUCUGACAGCCGUAACCUUAUUCUACGGGCCUGUGAGUUUGAGCCACGUGCAGCCCAGUUCAAGAUACUCGCUGGAUCGUGAGAAAAUCUCUGCAGUAUUUUACACGCUGGCAGUUCCUAUGCUGAAUCCCCUGAUUUACAGCCUCAGGAACAAGGAGGUGAAAAAUGCUCUAAGAAGGGUGAUGGAAAGGAAAAAAUGCUGCUCAUCAACUUGCUUGUCAGAAUAAUAGCCAAUUCCCUAGGAAAGCUGAAAAGAGA